AUGAGGCUCUUCUCAAGCCCUGAUGACGGACGGCUUGGUGCCAAGCUCGACAAUCGGGUUUUGCACGUGGAACCUUGCUCUGCCCUGUGGCCCCACUACCAAGACCCACUGGGCUUUCUCGGCCAGCCCGCCGAGCCCACGAUUUUCUUGGAGUGGAGGUCUAUUGUCACGCUGGUGGUGUUUGUGCUUGCGAAUGGCACAUCCCUCGCCACUUUCCAGCGGUCGACCUUCGUCCGCCUGGAUUUCCCCAUGAACAUCGUCACAGCACCCCUCAUUGGCGACCUUUUCCUGCUCGCCAUCUUGGCCAUUGGCGCCCAGGAGGUGAAAGAGGGAACGCUGGGUGCCAACCACAUCUCACCGCUCGAUAUUAUGCUCUUCUUUAUCUCACUAGCAUACAUCGCCAUAUCUAUCGACGCCUCCGGUAUCAUUCGCUACCUGGCGUUCAAAGUGCUGCAAUGGGGGGGUGAGGCCGGCCACCGCCUGUUCUUCUACCUCUUCGCCUUCUGGUUCGCUCUCACUACCUUCGUGGGGAACGACCCCGUCAUCCUUUCGGGGACUGCGUUCCUGGCCUACAUGACGCGUGUCUCGAGCAAUAUUGUCCACCCUCGCGCCUGGAUCUACAGUCAAUUCGCCGUAGCCAACAUGGCUUCCGCCAUCUUGGUCUCGUCCAACCCGACCAACCUCGUCCUCGCUGGCGCUUUCCAGAUUCGAUUUAUCGACUAUACGGCACACAUGAUCGUCCCCGUCAUCAUCACUGGAGUUGUCUUAUUCCCCUUUCUGCUCUACAUCGUCUUCAACAACGAGUCGCUCAUUCCGCGUUCCAUCAGAAUGCACGAGCUGCCCGAAGAAGCAAGGGGUCGCAAACCAGUCAACCCAAACAUCCCACACGCUAGAGGAACCGCAGAACAGCAGGAGGACACUGCGGGCGAGCAAGGGAAGCUGCUCUCACUUGAGGAGAUCGUCAACCCGUUUCUAGACCGUAAAGGCGCUAUCUUCGGCGCCGUCAUCAUGGCGGCAACGCUGAUCGCCGUCUUGGCAUUCAACGCCGCGGCGCAGAGCACGGGAGAAACCCACGUUUUCUACAUCACCCUGCCGGCUGCCGUCAUCAUGUUCAUUUGGGACGUGUCAUCUGGGUGGAUCAACCGCCACGAAACCCGCGAGAUCGCUCGCAAGGGCCGCGAGGAACUUGAGCGGCUCCGGCUGGAACGAGAACUGCAACAAGAACAGGAGAUGAUGACGCUUGAAGCGCAGGGGUUACCGCCUGCCUCUUCGAACGAGUCCGUUGUCGCACCGACAGGCCUACCCGACGCCGGGCUGAAGUGUCGGAAGAGCGAGCUUGGUAGUACCAGUGCCGAAGACGAAGUCACCACCAUGGCUGGUAACACGCCUGAGAAGUCACCCACGCAAGAAAUCGGUGUGGCCGAGAGCUGUCGGGAGAAGAAUACUGGGAUCAAGUCACCCCGGGGAUCGCACCGUGUACAGCAGCCGCCGCGGACGAGCCUGGUCUCGCUGGCGAAGGACGCCUUCGCCUGGUCACAAGAAACAUUCCCAACAGCAACAGCCGUGAUGGCUCAUCUACCCUUUGCCCUGGUGCCUUUCGCCUUCUCCAUGUUCGUUCUUGUCCAAGCACUAGUUACCAAGGGCUGGGUGCCAAUCUUUGCCAAAGGCUGGGAUGCCUGGGUGUCCAAGACUGGCACGGUUGGGGCCGUUGGAGGAAUGGGCUUCCUUUCGGUUAUCCUGUGCAAUUUCUCCGGCACCAACAUCGGGACCACUAUCCUCCUCUCCCGCAUGAUCCAAGCGUGGCAUGAAAUCCACCGCUUCGACCACACCGACCUUUCGGACCGCACCUACUGGGCAACUAUCUACACCAUGGCCCUCGGCGUCAAUUUUGGCGCCUUUAGCACCGCCAUCAGCGCCUCGCUGGCCGGUCUUCUCUGGCGGGAUAUCCUCGGCAAAAAGCACAUCCACAUCAAGCGGCUCGACUUCGCCACGGUCAACCUGCCCAUCAUCGCCAUCGCCAUGACGGUCGGCUGUGCCGUGCUGAUCGGAGAGAUGUACAUCAUCAAGGAUGACACGCCAAUACCCUUAUGA